GGCUUUUCUUCAUUCUACUCUAUCCCCAUUCCCCCUAGUCAGACAAGCAGAGCAGAGCGGGACAGAGAGAGAGAGAAGAGUCGUGAGCGAACGAGUGCAGAACAGAACAACUCCACAAAGAGAAGAGAGAGGUGGAUAGUUCCCUUUGCGAGAAAAAGAAAAGAAAAUCAAGCCUUUCAGAAUACAUUACCAACUGAGGACAUUACUUAUUUCUAGCCCUGUUUUAUGUUGUAACAGUGAGAUUUCUUUCUCAUUCUACGAGAGCCUACACACUGAUUGUAAAAAACUUGUAUUGUGUAGUAGGAAUUGGGGAUUUUGCAGAGAGAAGGAGAAAGAAAGAGAAAAGGCUUUUUUUGGAGCCAGGUUUUGAGAAGCAGGAGGCUGCAGUCGUGGAGAUCAUGCCCGGUAGAGGAGCUUGUUCUGGGGCAGGCGUGGGGAGGUUGCCUGGGUACUGGGUCUGUGUGCUGGUUCUCUGUGCCCUGGUGACAGGCUACGUCAGCGCGUGCCCUGCCCUGUGUACCUGCAGUGGCACCACGGUGGACUGCCAUGGGCUGGGCAUCAAAACCAUGCCCCGGAAUAUACCCCGCAACACCGAGAGACUGGAGCUGAAUGGGAAUAACCUCACACGCAUCACCAAGAGUGACUUUUCUGGACUCAAGUACCUCCGUGUGCUACAGUUGAUGGAGAAUCAGAUUGGAGCGAUAGAGCGUGGAGCGUUUGAUGACAUGAAGGAGCUGGAGAGACUGCGCCUGAAUAGGAACCAACUGCAGCAGCUUCCUGAACUUCUGUUUCAGAAGAACCCUGCACUUUCACGUCUAGAUCUGAGUGAGAACAACAUCCAGUCCAUCCCCAGGAAGGCUUUCAGAGGAGCUACAGACAUCAAGAACCUUCAGUUGGAUAAGAACCACAUUGGCUGCAUCGAGGACGGAGCCUUCAGAGCACUGAGGGGCCUGGAAGUACUGACUCUGAACAACAACAACAUCAGCAGCAUCCCAGUCUCCAGCUUCAACCACAUGCCAAAACUACGUACCUUCCGUCUCCACUCCAACAAUCUGCACUGUGACUGUCACCUCUCCUGGUUGGCCCAGUGGUUAAGACAAAGGCCUACAAUUGGUCUGUUCACUCAGUGUACAGCUCCAGCCCCGCUUAGAGGACUCAACGUGGCCGAGAUACAGAAACAUGAGUUUACCUGCUCAGGUCACUCAGAGAGCUCCGGCUUGCAGCCCUGCAGCCUAGGAGGAGGUUCGUGCCCUGCCAUGUGUACCUGUAGUAACAAUAUUGUGGACUGCAGAGGAAAAGGCCUCACAGCUAUACCUGCCAACCUUCCUGACACCAUGGCUGAGAUUCGUCUGGAGCAGAAUGGGAUCAAGUCAGUUCCUCCUGGAACCUUCUCUCCCUACAAGAAGCUGCGCAGGAUAGAUCUCAGUAAUAACCAAAUAUCAGAAAUAGCUCCUGAUGCCUUCCAGGGCCUGAGAUCCCUCAACUCACUAGUCCUAUAUGGGAAUAAGAUCACGGAGCUGCCCAAAGGAGUGUUCGACGGACUAUAUGCCCUGCAACUACUGUUGUUGAAUGCCAAUAAGAUCCACUGUGUUCGGGCCAAUGCAUUCACAGACCUGCAGAAUCUCUCUCUACUGUCUCUGUAUGACAACAAGAUACAGACUGUGGCCAAGGGCACCUUCGCAUCCCUCAGAGCUAUACAGACGCUUCACCUGGCCCAGAACCCGUUUAUCUGUGACUGUAACCUGAAGUGGCUGGCAGACUACCUUCGCUCCAACCCAAUAGAGACCAGCGGUGCACGCUGUGCCAGCCCCAGACGACUGGCCAACAAACGCAUCGGGCAGAUCAAGAGCAAGAAGUUCCGCUGCUCUGCCAAGGAACAAUACUUCAUCCCUGGCACCGAGGACGUCCGUUUGAAUAAUGAGUGUAACAGUGAUCCAGUCUGUCCUCCUAAAUGCCGCUGUGAGUCCAACGUGGUGGACUGCUCCAACCUACGCCUCAAUAAGAUACCAGAACACAUCCCUUCCUCUACCACUGAACUUCGUCUGAACAACAAUGAUAUCAGCACACUGGAGGCUGUAGGAGUCUUCAAGACCCUCUCUCAGCUCAAAAAGAUUAACCUUAGCAACAAUAAGAUCACAGAGAUCGAAGAUGGGGUGUUCGAGGGGGCGGGGUCAGUCAAUGAGCUCCACCUCACCGCCAAUCAGCUGGACUCUGUCCGCAGUGGAAUGUUCAAGGGACUGGAGGGACUACGCAUGCUAAUGUUGAGGAACAACAAGAUCAGCUGUAUCCAUAACAACAGCUUCACUGGCUUGUACAACGUUCGCCUGCUGUCUCUCUAUGACAACCAGCUAACUACCAUCACCCCUGGAGCCUUCGACACCCUGCAAACACUGUCUACACUUAACCUCCUUGCUAACUCCUUCAACUGUGACUGUCGUCUGGCCUGGCUUGGUGAUUGGCUGAGAAGCAGGAAGAUCGUCACGGGCAACCCUCGAUGCCAGCGCCCCGCCUUCCUCAAGGAGAUCCCACUACAGGACGUGGCAGUGCCUGACUUCCGCUGUGAAGAGGGUGUGGAGGAGACAAGCUGUGUGCCCAGGCCUCAGUGUCCCAGUGAGUGUACUUGUUUGGAGACCGUGGUACGCUGCAGUAACAAACACCUCCGUACAUUGCCCAAAGGCAUCCCCAGAAACGUCACCGAGCUGUAUCUAGACGGGAACCAGUUCAGUGUGGUGCCAAAGGAACUGUCUACCUUCAAAUACCUCCAGUUAGUAGACCUGAGUAACAACAAGAUCAACUCUCUAACCAACUCUUCAUUCUCCAACAUGAGUCAGCUCACCACACUGAUCCUGAGUUACAACUCUCUGCGCUGCAUCCCCAGUCUGGCCUUUGGUGGACUACGUUCCCUUCGACUACUGUCUCUCCAUGGCAACGAGAUCUCCGAGCUUCCUGACGGCAUCUUCAGUGACGUGGCCUCUCUGUCUCACCUGGCAAUUGGUGCUAACCCUCUGUACUGUGACUGCCGUCUACGCUGGCUGUCUGAUUGGGUGAAGACGGGAUACAAGGAGCCUGGCAUCGCCCGCUGUGCCGGACCGACGGGCAUGGAGGGCAAGCUGCUGCUCACCACCCCUGCCAAGAAGUUUGAGUGCCACGGUGAGGUGGACAGUGGCGUCCUGGCCAAGUGUAGCCCGUGUCUGUCCAGUCCGUGUGUCAACCAGGGAAUCUGUCACAGUGAUCUGGUGGAGAUUUACAGGUGCAGCUGUCCUCCUGGAUUCAAGGGUAGGAACUGUGAGACUGCUCUGAACGUCUGUGUCAGUAACCCCUGUGCCAAUGGGGGCACCUGCCAACUAAACGAGGAGGAGGAGGCAUACAGCUGUGCCUGUCCCCUUGGAUUUGAAGGUCCUACCUGCCAGACCAACAUGGAUGACUGUGAAGAUAACGACUGUGAAAACGGAGCUAACUGUAUAGAUGGUGUCAACAACUAUACCUGCCUCUGUCCUCCUUACUACACCGGGGAGAUGUGUGAGGAGAUGGAGGAUGUGUGUGCUCCAGGUGUCAGUCCGUGUCAACACCAGUCUACCUGUCUCAUCAGCUCUACUGGACCUCAGUGUGUGUGUUCUCCGGGCUACGUUGGUGAUGACUGCAGUGUGGACUAUGAUGACUGUGAGGAGAAUCGCUGUCAGAACGGAGCUCAGUGUGUCGACCAACUCAACGCAUACUCCUGCUCCUGCCCCGAUGGCUACAGUGGUCAGUUGUGUGAGGUGCCCUCCUCACCGCGGUCUCUAUGUGACCUGGCAGACUGCCAGAACGAUGCCCCGUGUGUGGAGCGGGCAGGCCGGGCACUGUGCCAGUGUCUCCCUGGGUUCGGAGGUCCUCGCUGUGAGAAGCUGGUCAGUGUGAACUUCGUAGACAGAGACUCCUACCUGCUGCUCUCUGACCUCAAGAACUGGCCCCAGGCUAACAUCACACUGCAGGUAUCUAACAUCUCACUACAGGUGUCGACAGCGGAGGACAACGGUAUCCUGCUGUAUAAUGGGGACAAUGACCACAUCGCCGUAGAGCUGUUCCAGGGUCACGUUAAGGUCAGCUACGACCCUGGCAGCCUGCCUGGACAUGCUAUCUACAGUACUGAGACGAUCAAUGACGGUCAGUUCCACACGGUGGAGCUGGUGACCAUUGACCAGAUGGUGAACCUGUCCAUCGACGGGGGUCUCCCCACCACCAUGGACAGCCUGAGGGGGGUCCGGCCCCUCAACGGGGAGGCUCCGCUAUACGUGGGGGGUAUGCCCGUGGACGUCCACUCGGCAGCCUUCCGGCUCUGGCAGAUCCAGAAUGGCUCCAGUUUCCACGGCUGCAUCCAGAAUCUGUAUAUCAACAAUGAGCUGCAGGACUUCACUAAGACCCAGAUGAAGCCGGGCGUGGUGCCAGGCUGUGAACCUUGUAGGAAGAUCUACUGCCUACAUGGUAUCUGCCAGCCGGACGGGGCACAGGGACCAGUCUGCCACUGCCAGCCGGGCUGGAACGGACCACACUGUGACCAGCCGGCCACCAACCCAUGCCAGGGCAGCAAGUGUGUGCAUGGCAAGUGUAUUCCCCUGGACCUGCAGUCCUACCGCUGUGAGUGUGUGGAGGGUUACCGUGGUGCCCUGUGUAACCAGCAGGGGGAGCUGUUUAACCCCUGCCGCAGCCACAACUGUAAACACGGGCGCUGCCAGAUCUCUGAUACAGGAGAGGCCUACUGCCACUGUGAGGCCGGAUACACCGGAGAGCUCUGUGAUGCAGACCAAGAGGUAAUCCAGCCUAAACCAACUACAGAGUCAGAGUGUCGGGGGGAGCCCGUGAGGGACUUCUACCAGGUGCAGCGUGGGUACACCAUCUGUCAGACCACACGCAUGGUCUCCUGGGUAGAGUGCUCCGGCGCCUGCGACACAGGUGCCUGCUGUGCCAGCCAGCGAAUGAAACGCCGGAAAUACACCUUUGAGUGCAGCGAUGGAACUUCGUUCAGCGAGGAAGUGGAGAAGACCAUCAAGUGUGGCUGCGUGGGCUGCAUGUAGCACGCUUCACACAAACCUGCUACCGCCACCGCCAAGUGCACCAGAGCGAGAAAGCGAGAGAGAGAGAGAGAGAGAGAGAGGGAGAGAGAUAGAGAGAGAGAGAGAGAGAGAGAGAGAGAGAGAGAGAAAGAAAGAAAGAAAGAAAGAAAGAAAGAAAGAAAGAGAGAGAGAGAGAGAGAGAGAGAGGGAGAGAGGGAGAGAGAGAGAGAGGAGGAAGAAGUAAGAGAACCAGAGAGUAUAAAGAAAUAUAUAUAAAAACCUCUAUCUAUAUAUUAUGGACAACAAUGUUUGUAAAAUAGGACAUUUCCUCCCCUUCCAUGGCUGUGUGACGUACAGAAACACAGAGAAAACAAACAUCAACAACAACAACAUGGAGAAGUGUGAACAACAACAACCAAACCAUUGUAUCUGCAACAUUGUUUUGAAGGGUUCUAGAGAUGCAAAGGUGUUGCAUUCAGAGCCAGACAUCAACCAACCCCUCAUACACACCUGGUCUAAACCUUUGGCCCCUUGGCUCAUCCAUCCAUUAGGCCUCAGAUAGUCUAAGCACCCUCUGCUUUCUUUGCUUCCUGAAGGCUGUAUGUGUAAUAUGACGUCCGGUCUGGUCGGGGUGGCAGGACAGAAGAGGUACAGAGAUGUAAAAAAAAAAAAAAAGAGGACAGAGGGAGGAUAGUAGAGUUGGGUUGUAGUUAAGUUUGGUUAGGCAGGGCUGGAACUGGACUGUAGCUGGUGUGGGCUGAUAUAAGCUUGCCUGGACUGUAACUGAGUUGAGCCGGGUUAGGUCGGGUUUAGAUGGGCCAGAUUGUAGUUGAGCUGUGCUGAGCAGAGCUGGGGUUAGGUCGGGCUAUAUCUGGGCCGAUUUCUUAUUGGACUCUAUCCUGGAGUUUUUAGAACAAGAGAUGUCCAUUCUUUUCAUUACUGAUAAGACCACUGCACUGAAUACCAGCACUGAGAAUCACAGUCAUUUGCCCUUCACAGCACAUACACACAACAUGCACGCAUGCACCACACUAGAGGACGUUCUUGUCUGAGCAGAAGGGUCGUUCCAUUAGAAGCAGUCAGAAGGGGCUGUCUGAUACACAUUGUGAGGCAGGUAGACCUUCCAUUCCCCUACAGUAGGCUAUAAGCUAUACCCCCACCUGGAGCAGGCAGUACCCGGUGGAGACCAAUCCCCCAGCAUGCAUUGCCUCAGGAUGAUUUGCAUAAGCCCUCCCCCUUUGAGCAGGAGGAUGAUUAGGCCCCUCCCCUCAAUGCCUGCAGUAUUAAAUGUGUGCAAACUUGCAUGUGAGAAGUUUGCAAAUUGAUAUGUAGAGCUUUUUAUUAUGUUUAUUAUUACGGAACAAAAAGGUUCAGAAUAUUUGUUUUGUUACGUCUAAUUUCAAUUAUUUGUUUUGCAUUGUUUUGUUUUUAUUUGUUAUUAUAUUUUGUUUUCUGAUGUAACCUAACACCUUUAGCCCUCUCUUUAUACAGAAAUGCCUAACAGAUUCUAAUAUAUAUAUUUGUAUUUCAUUUUGGUAUAGUAUUUUUAUAUGUUAAAGAGUAAAUCUUUGUUUUCUGGAAGCUUCUAUUGGAACAGGCAGGAUGGCAUUUGAUUGGUUCCCUAGCUGUUUUUAUUUGGUUAUUUCACUUGCUCAAACAAGGUAGUUUGUAAUUGUCCAAAACAAGGUAGUGAAUGGUUGGCCUUGUUGUGUAGGCAGCAGUAUUGAUGUAGAAACAUGUUUAAUAUUGUAUAUGUUGUCUUCCAUGUGAAUAUGACAUCUAAUUCAUUUGAAAGUCUGUGUGCUGUUUGUUUUAUUUUUUAUUUAUUUUAUCUUAAAGCUUUUUCCUGUAGAGUAUAAAAGGCAUAAUAAUUGUUGCUGAUUUUCAAAAAAUAAAAAUAAAUAAAAAAGUUAAAAUAAAAACUAGUGUAACAAAAAAAAGCUGUAAGGUAUUUGUGACAUCACUUAAUAGCCAGUUAUGACAGUAUUUUCUCCCCUCUGGCUCAGACACAUUCCUCAUUGGCUGUUGGGCCCGAGUGGGUGGAGUUAAAAUGCAAAUGAGUGAGAUGCCCCUCCCACUCUGAAAUACAUUUUUCCUGUAUUUACUAUACCAUACUCUGAAAUAUUGUGAAAGGGUUCUGAUUGUCUUGUGUUGAUUUUGUUUAAGUAUUAGGCUGAAUUCCUGUCAUUUUAAAUUGGGGACAUUUUCCGUGGUAGAAGAUUUAAGUGAAAGUCACAGUCGACUGAAAUCAAGCUGCCGUAGGAAGCUUACUUAUUGUGGAUGUUCACAAAGAUGGUGUCUACAUUUUGCCUGCAUUAAAUUGGUGCUGCCAUCUUAUCAUUGUACUGUGGUGGGAGGUGAGGCCAUGGGCUGAAUGACAGCAAGCUGUAGACCUGCCAUCUUUCUGUAUGUUUGCCAUUGGAUCCACUUACCGCAAUCCUAUUUUAACAUGCACAGAUAAUGCCUGGAUUCAAUCUGUAUCGCUGAACUUCAGCGUUAUAAGGUGAUUGAAAUUUAAAGGCAAUGUUCCCGCGUUAGCAGAGACUGCAUUCGCGGUAAAUUAAUUUAGCCCUAGAUGUCCCCAUUCUGACUGGCUAUAGAACACAAAUCAGAGAUGAAAAGGUGCCAAUCGCAGAGUAGAACAGUCCAACCUGAAUGUAUAAAUGUGUAUAAACAUGAAUUGAGCUUACUCCUGAAGCCGUAUGGUUCAGCUGUUAUCCUCUUUGUUUUCUAAGUGGGACACCUACAGGACGGGUUUCCUGCAGAGUAGGAUGAAGUUGCCCCUAGACACAGUUCUGUGGUCAGUUUGGUGGUUUUCCCCACUAAUGAUUAAGGUAAAGCUUUGGGGACGGAAAGCUGAUCCUAGAUCUAUGCUUAAGAACAACUUGUACCCAGAGCGUCCUGUUGCAGUGGACUCCUUGUUUGCCCCGAUGUUAACCUUGUCUUAUAUAAAUCCCUGAGGUUAUCCUAUGGUGUCCACAUAUGUAUGAUAUUGAUGAACUGUCAUCUCAUCCUUUAGCUUAACGUUUAGCUCUAUGCCUCGCAGAUUUCAACAUGAGUUUAUCACAGCUCUCACAAAAAGGACUUUCAUACUUGCAAACAUGGAUAUUGAUCAUUGCAAUUCAGCCGGAUUCCAUUCAUUCUAGGGUGAAACCUGUAAAGACUCAUCCACCAUCCUCGAGAGAACUGUACUCCGUAUCAUGUCAUUGUGAAAGACGCAGUGUCUCUGUUGUAUUGAACUGGUAAAAAAAAAGAACAAAAAGUCUAAUAAUUCUCUGGUCUGUUUCCUACAGAUGUGCUACUUCUGUUGCUUUGGUUGUGUUCCGUCGCAGGUGUGAUGGUGGGAUUGAACUGAAGUCCCAGUGAUGCUGAAUGUAUGUAGUAUCUAUCGAUCUAUCUUUAUCUAUCGCCACCGACAAAAUGUUUACUGAAACCUCCUCCACUUUUCAUUCAUUAAACUUUAAUGUGUGUGCUUUUAA